AUGUCUAGCUCUGCUCAUCAUGUCACACCGGAUCGUGGCCUCGCCAACCGCAAGAUCGACAACGGGAAGAUCAUCCUCACCCACCUUCUAGGCUGUGGCACCUUCGGCUCCGUUUAUCACGCUCGCGAGACUCACCAUCCAUACACCGAAUACGCCGUCAAGGCCCUCAAAAAAACCUCGCCGAGCGACGACUCCUGGAACUCGGAGAUCGAAUACCACUGCGAGGUCUCCGAUGAUCCCAAUAUCUGCACGAUCCACCGCGUUAUCGAGGAAAACAAAUUUAUAUUUGUCCUCAUGGAUCUUUGUCAGAGUGGGGACUUGCAGGCGGCGAUCGAGAAGAGGGCGAUAUAUUAUAGGAGGGACGAGCUGUUGAAGGCGGCGUUCAUUGGGGCUUUGGACUCGGUGGAUGCGUGUCAUGCACGGGGAAUAUUUCAUCGCGAUCUGAAACCGGAUAAUUUCUUGGUUUCGCUGGAUGGGGCGAGGGUUUGGCUGACGGAUUUCGGCAUCGCGACCAAGAGGAAGUCGAGCGACGAGUAUGCUGGAACACCGUGCUAUAAGAGCCCGAGAAAAAAGUCCGGGGAACUUCGCGUAGUGGCCAAGCCAUACGUCCACCAGGCAAACGACAUUUAUGCGCUAGGAUUGAUUCUCGUGAACAUGAUCAUCGGCUGUGAUCCCUGGCGCUUCGCGAUACCCUACAUCGACGGGAACUAUCGUCUCUUCCUCGGCGACCCAGGCAUCUUCCUACACUGUUACCCCAUGUCUGUCGAAGCAAACGACCUCAUCCGAAAAAUCCUACACCCCCAGGUCAAGAUGCGUCCGUCAUUGAAGGAGAUCAGAGGGGACGUCGAGAAGGUCAAGACGUUCUUCUUGACC